GGCGCCGCCGCACCCGGAGCCGGAGGGAUGCGCGCUGUGCGGAGCUGCUCGCGCUGGGCGCUGCUGGUCCUGGCGUUGCAGCUGGCGCUGCCCGCCGAGUGCCUGGUGCUGCUGCCCCAUGGCGAGGAGCGCGGCGAUGCUGUCCUGGCGCACGGGGACGAUGUGCGGUCGAUGGCGCUGGAGCUGAGCACGCCGCUGCGGUUCUACGGUGCUGCCGUCCACUCCCUCUACAUUACCAGUAAUGGGAUUAUUGCAGUGAAUCAACCUUCAAGUGAAGAAAAAUAUCUCGGUCAAUUCCCCAUCAGUUUUGGGGCUAUUGCUCCUUUUAUGGCUGACCUGGACACAACAGAUGAACGUGGAAACGUGUAUUACCGAGAAGAUUCAUCCUCAGAUGUCUUACAACUUGCAUCAGACUAUAUCAAAAGAGGUUUUCCUGAGACUACUUUUGAUCCCAGCAGUGUUGUCAUUGUUACCUGGAAGCUCGUGGCUCCCUACCAGCCAUUGAGAGAAGGUCAUGCUUUGGAAGAAAAGAGAAACACAUUCCAGGCUGUUUUAGCCUCUUCUGACUCCAGUUCCUAUGCUAUUUUCCUUUAUCCAGAAGAUAGUUUGCAGUUCUAUAGCACAUACUCCAAGAAAGAUGACAAAAAGGUUCCUGCUAUGGUUGGCUUUAGUCAAGCCUCUACAAACUACUACUUCUGGGAAAAGCCAGGAUCCUACAAUGUCAUUGCUAAUGAUGAAGACAGCAUUAGAAACCUGCACAAAAGCAGCAAUGCUGGGAGGAGAGGAAUCUGGGUGUUUGAGAUCAGUAGCUCAUCUGACAGCAUUGUGCCUGCCAAGACAAGCAACAUUUUGGAGAGCCUAGAGUCCAAUGAACAAGACCAGGACAUAACUUCAAAACCAUUUAUGUCAGAUUAUGGCUCCACUGAAAUACAACAGCAGUAUGUCACCAGUAGUACAGAUAGCACAGAGGAGGAUCAGCACUACGUUACGUAUAGUGUUCCUCAGCUGGCUGAAGAAGACUAUCCAACUUCAUACCAAGAUAUAACUGGAACACCUUCAACUGAGUCUUUUUACAGUCAUCAAGAUUUCCCAACAGCAAAAGCCCCACCUCGCCAGUUCCAGGUCCAGCAGUUUCCCCCACAGCAACCCCAAGUCAUAGAUGUGGAAGAAUUUGAUGAAACUGGUAUAGUGUUUCGCUACAACACAGAUGUCCAACAGACCUGUGCUAACAACCGCCACCAGUGCUCUGUUCAUGCCAUCUGCACAGAUUAUCCCAAUGGAUUUUGCUGCAGUUGUAUUGCUGGUUACAAAGGAAAUGGCAGACAGUGCAUAGCAGAAGGUUCCCCUCAGAGAGUCAAUGGGAAGGUCAAAGGAAGAAUCUUUGUAGGAAAUAAUCCUGUUCCAAUUAUAUUUGAGAACACUGAUCUCCACUCCUAUGUUGUGAUGAACCAGGGGCGUGCCUACACUGCUAUCAGCACAAUCCCAGAGACUUUGGGGUAUUCUUUACUGCCUCUUGCCUCUAUUGGAGGUAUCAUAGGAUGGAUGUUUGCUGUGGAACAGCAAGGAUAUAAAAAUGGAUUCAGCAUUACUGGUGGUGAGUUUACACGGCAAACUGAAGUCACUUUUCUUGGCAACAAUGAGAAGCUUGUUAUCAAGCAGAAAUUCAGUGGAAUUGAUGAGCAUGGUCACCUUACUAUCAGCACUGAAAUGGAGGGCAGAAUACCUGAGAUCCCAUCUGGUGCAUCAGUCCAUAUAGAACCAUAUACUGAACUCUAUCACACUUCCAGUUCUGUGAUCACUUCAUCAUCCACAAGGGAGUACACAGUGACAGAGCCAGAAAGGGAUGGGGUUGCUUCCACGUACACAGGCGCUUAUCAGUGGCAACAGACAAUCUCAUUUGAUGAAUGCAUUCAUGAUGACUCGCACCAUGCUACUUCUGCUACUCAGCAGCUCUCAGUGGACGGCGUAUUUGUCUUGUAUAACAGAGAUGAGCAGAUUCUGCGAUAUGCUAUGAGCAAUUCCAUUGGCCCAAUCAGUGAUGGCUCUGCUGACAUUAACCGGAAUCCUUGCUACACUGGUACCCAUAACUGUGACACCAAUGCAAUCUGUCGUCCGGGAACUGGAAAUCGUUUCUUCUGUGAAUGUUCAAUUGGCUUCCGUGGAGAUGGAAGCGUUUGUUACGAUGUUGAUGAAUGUUCAGAGCAACCAGCUCUAUGUGGCAGCAAUGCGGUCUGCAACAACCAGCCGGGAACCUACCGCUGUGAGUGUGUUGAAGGAUACCAGUUUGCAGCCGAUGGGCGGACUUGUAUUGCUGUUGAGUAUGCCAUAAACCAUUGCCAGACAGGCACACACAACUGUGACAUUCCUCAGCGUGCCCAGUGUGUAUACACCGGAGGGUCCGCCUACGUCUGCACGUGCCUCCCUGGCUUCUCUGGAGAUGGACGAGCCUGUGAGGAUAUAGAUGAAUGUCAACAGGGCCGCUGUCAUCCAGAUGCUUUCUGCUACAACACUCCUGGGUCCUUCAGCUGCCAGUGUAAGGCAGGGUAUCGUGGGGAUGGUUUCCGGUGUGUGUUAGGAGAAGUAGAAAAGACCAAAUGCCAACACGAGCGAGAAGCAGCUCUUGGAAGUGGAGGUGCGUUCUUCCAGAGGGAGAUGGGAGUUCGUCACUUCAUUCCUCAGUGCGAUGAGCAUGGGAAUUACCUGCCUACCCAGUGCCAUUCUGGCAGUGGCUAUUGUUGGUGUGUGGAUAGGGAUGGAAAUGAGAUUGAUGGCACCAGAAGUGGCCCAGGAGUUCGACCACCAUGUCUGAGCACAGCUGCUCCUCCUGUUGUUAUUGGGCCCUCUGUUCGACCAGAUACAGUACCUCUGCCACCAGGAACACACUUGCUUUUUGCCCAAAGUGGUAAAAUCGAACAUGUUCCACUAGAGGGGAACAAUAUGAAGAAAAAUGGUGCAAAAGCACUCCUGCAUAUUCCAGACAAAGUUGUUAUUGGAGUUGCUUAUGAUUGCACAGACAAGAUGGUUUAUUGGACAGACAUCAGUGGCCCUUCAAUCAGCAGGGCUAGCCUGAAUGGUGGGGAGCCAACAACCAUCAUCAAAACAGACUUGGGAAGCCCUGAAGGGAUAGCUGUAGAUCAUCUGGGUCGCAACAUCUUCUGGACUGACUCUCAACUGGAUAGAAUAGAAGUGGCCAGGCUGGAUGGGCGCCAGCGUCGCAUCCUUUUUGACACUGGCCUGGUGAACCCCAGAGCAAUUGUUGUGGAUCCUAUGAGAGGAAACUUGUACUGGACUGACUGGAACAGAGAAGCUCCUAAAAUUGAAACCUCAUACAUGGAUGGCACAAACAGAAGAAUUCUUGUUAAAGAUGAUCUUGGGUUACCAAAUGGGCUGACAUUUGAUCCUUAUUCCUUAAUGCUGUGCUGGGUUGAUGCAGGUACCAAGAGGCUGGAAUGCAUGAACCCUAAUCAGCUUGGUCGACGAAAGAUUGUUGAAGGAAUUCAGUAUCCUUUUAGUGUUACAAGCUAUGGGAAGAAUUUAUACUACACAGACUGGAGAAGGGAUGCUGUUGUAGCAGUGGAUCGCACAAUUUCAACAGAAAAUGAUAACUUCCAGCCUCAGAAGCGCUCCCGUCUCUAUGGAAUCACUACUGCCUUCGCUCAGUGCCCAGGAGGACAUAACUACUGUACAGUGAAUAAUGGCGGCUGCACUCACCUCUGCUUGGCUACCCCAGGAGGCCGUUCUUGCCGCUGCCCUGACAACACAGUGGGAGUGGAUUGUAUAGAAAGAAACUGAGCAUUAAAAUAUAUUAGAGCAGCAGACGCCUUUUGGAAAUGUGCUGUAAACAAUUCACUCCUAUCAACACAAUCAGGCCCUAAAGAUAAGUGCUCCCUGCUGCUGAGAGCAAACCAUGAUGCACAUACGCAAGCACACACAUAGGCAAUAACUGUUUUGUAGCAGUUGAGCAAGACAGAGCUGCCCAGCUUGGGUCCAACUGUAUCUUGUUCCUUGUAAUAUUAUCUACUUGCUUUUAAAGAUAAAUGUGGAGACAGUAGCUCAUGUGAUCCUUCACACAGCAAGUGAUUCUUUAUAGGUGAUCAACACUGCUUAGUGGGUGUAUUUGAAGUUUUUGUUAGAUUUUAAGAGAUUUAUGUUUCUUCUGAGGUGAAUUGCUGAGCAGUUUCCUAAAAUCCACUAAACAAACUUCAGAUACAGAUCUCAAUUGCUGAGAGUUCAUCAAAGAAUUGAUGUUGAUUCAUUUGGAGACAUUUAGUUUUAGCAACACACAGUCACAUUUGUUUCCUGAGAGCUUUUAAAAUAACAUUUCUGUGCUUGAUUCUAUUAGCCUGAAAGCAGUCUUUAAAUUCUAGCUUAGAAGUCUUCCUCCUUUAGCAAAUUGUGCUAUGCCUUUUUGUAGACCAUGAGAAACCACGGCAGUUAAAAAGUCUGAUUUCCAGAAAGGUCACCUGUGUCUCGGUGCUUAAAACAAAAAAGACAGUAAUCCACUACUUGUGUGCCAGUGUUUAGUAACAGCAAAAAGUGUGCUGAAAAUCAAAGCAAAGUUGAUGUAAUUAUCACCAGUGAGUUUGGAGCAGGUAGGGAAAAUCAAAAUGCAUAUUCUUAUGUCAAAUUAGCAGUACAAAUCUGGGAGUGAAGUUUGGCUUCCACACUGUGUGUUGGGAAGGAAGCUUAUCCACAAGCCAGCCUGCAGCAGCAGAACAGAAUGGGGCUUGUGAAGUUUCUGCCAGAGCACAUUUCAUAAUGUCAUGAUCAGAGAGUAAGCUAACAUCCCCAUUUCCUCACUCCCUCUUCAGACACAACAGUAACAGUUUUAAACAGAGCCAAGUGAGUCUUAACUGUGUGACAACUUCCUCUUUAAUUGUAUAUUUAUCAUAAAAUAACAAAGCAUAUAAACAUUUUAAAGAUUUUUAAUAACUUUUUAUAACUUUUAAUUCAUUUUAUUCAUACACUUAAUCAGGUAUGUUUUACUGUAAAUAUCAAAAAUGUGUUGAAAAGAAGGUGCUUAAUAACUCUUUCUCCAGAAUUAUUCACGUAUCUGGUGAAAUAUUAAAGUUUACACUCUGUACAGGUAUCUACAGUACAGUCAAUAAAAAUGUUUGGGUUUUAUUUUCUGUAAAAAAGAAA